UCAUUUCCCUUGGAGUGGUGGAGGUAGCGGUGGACCGCGCGGCCUUUUUCCCACAGGCCACUUGUCGUAUUUUACACACUUUCUGUCUACUGUACCUGUGUGCGUGCCAUGCAAUAGAUCCUUCAAGAUGUCGAGAUCAUAUCAGAGGCCGGAGAAUGCCCUCAAACGGGCCAGCGAAUUCAUUGAUGUUGGGAAGCCUAACAGGGCCUUGGAGGUCCUCUAUGAGGUCAUCAAGAGAGGCAAGAUGCGUAACACAUUCUCCGAAAAACUCCUUGAGCCAAUCAUGUUCAAGUACCUGGAGUUGUGUGUUGACCUCAAGAAGUCUCAUCUGGCCAAGGAAGGCCUUUACCAGUAUCGAAAUAUUUUUCAAAGCGUAAAUGUGUCUUCCUUGGAGACUGUAGUCCGUCACUACUUAACACUGGCUGAUGAGCGAACAGAAGCAGCUCGUAAGGAGAGUCACCAAGCUGUUGUAGAUGUUGAUGAUUUGGACAACCUGGCAACACCAGAAGAAAUUUUGUUGUCUGCUGUAUCAGGAGAGGAUGCUCAGGACCGUAGUGAUAGGACAAUCUUAACACCAUGGGUCAAGUUUCUUUGGGAGAGCUACCGGCAGUGUUUGGAGCUGCUCCGUACAAAUUCCCGGGUCGAGCGACUUUACCAUGACAUUGCUAAGCAGGCCUUCAAAUUCUGUGAGAAGUACAGUCGUAAAACAGAGUUCCGCAAGCUUUGUGAUAAUUUGCGUACACACUUGUCCCACAUCCAGAAGCAGCAGGGGUCAGCAACUGCAGUCAACCUUAAUAAUCCAGAAACCCAGCAGAUGAAUCUUGAGACACGCUUGGAGCAGCUGACUUACGCCAUCAAAAUGGAAUUGUGGCAGGAAGCCUACAAAGCUAUUGAGGAUAUUUCUGACCUUAUGAACAAAUCAAAGAAGAUGCCCAAACCACAUGUGAUGGCUUCUUAUUACCAAAAGCUGUCCCUUGUAUUUUGGAAAGCUGGUAACAUGCUCUUCCAUGCUGCUGCCCUCUUCAAGCUUUUCCAGCUCUUGAGGGACCAAAAAAAGAAUAUCACAGCCGAGGAGGUAGGGAAGCGUGCAUCAAUAGUGCUGAUCGCUACACUGGCAAUACCUUUACCUUCUGCUCACCCUGAGUUUGAUAGAUUUAUUGAGACAGAAAAAUCAGCUCUGGAGAAAAUUGAUAAGCUGGCAACUCUUCUCUCUCUUCCUAAACCACCUACACGUGUCUCCCUUAUCAGGGACCUGAUUCGUUUUAACGUGGUGUCGGCAGUUCCUCAAGAACUCCAAAACCUGUAUCGACUGAUGGAAGUGGAAUUUGACCCUCUUCAUUUAUGUACAAGAAUGCAAGGCAACAUUGAGUGGAUCCAAGAGCAUCCUGAGCUAGGGUUGACUCAGUAUGUAGGCGCGCUACAGGAGAUGACUAUUACUCGUCUUGUGAAGCAGGUGGCACAACUCUACCAGUCCAUCACUUUCAAGCGCCUCUUGGAGCUUAGUGUGUUUGUUGCUGGCUUUCACUUGGAACGCAUUUUAGUUGAUUUGGUUCGUCAUAAUGACAUGCAGAUCCGAGUUGAUCACCGUAGUGAGUGUAUCCACUUUGGUGCUGAUUUGAGUGAAUCUCAGCGUGAGGACCUGCCUGAAGGCCCCAUGCUUCAGUCACUUCCCUCUGAGACUAUUCGCUGUCAACUAGUGCAAAUGGGCUCAGCACUGCAAUCAUGUCUUGACCUCAUUGUUCCAGAUAAUAAAAAGAAAGAAAUGGAGCCUCUGAGGGCACAAACUAUCCAGUUUUACCAACAAACCAAACAACGUGAGCACAUUAAGAUUUUACAGCGUCAGCAUAUCAUUGAAGAGCGGAAAGAGAUGCUAGAGAACCAGAACCUGGAACGUGAAGAAUCCAUCCGUAGGGCUCAGGAGGAGCAGCUCAAGAAGCAGAAAGAGGAAGAGCAACAGCGUCUCGAACGGGAGGCUAGUCGACGUGAAAAGGCGAGGCAGGAGGAACAGUUGAAACAAAUUCAAACAAAGCAAAUCAAAGACAGACUCCUACAAAUCUCUCAAACCUCUUAUGGUCAGAAAAUGAUGGAGAAGUUUGACGAAGAAGAACUUCUUAACCUUGGAGCCGAAGAGAUCCUACAGAGACAGGUAGAGGAAUUGGAGAAAGAGAGAAAAGAACUUCAACAGCGCCUCAAGGCUCAGGAGAAGAAAGUGGAUUACUUUGAGAGAGCAAAGAGACUGGUGGAAAUUCCACUUCUAAAGAAAAUGUUAGAGGAUGAAAAGGAGAAAGAUAAGGAUUUCUGGCAAUCUCAAGAGGAGGAACGUGUUAAGAAGCUUGUCGAGGAACAUCAGGUUAGCUUAGAACACAGCCAGCGCUUGAAGCGCAUGCAAACUGAUCGCACAGAUUUUCUUAACCAGCUCAAAUCUUCACGUCGAUCUGAAAUUGAGAAAAAGCUUAACGAUUUUAAUGCUCGUCUUGAGGUGGAGCGAAAGAAGCGUCUUUCUGAAAGGAAAGACCAGAGACGACGUGAACGUCGUGACACUUACUACCGUCAAAAGGCAGAAGAGGAGCAACAGCGCAGGGAUGAAGAGCUGAAGAAAAAGAGAGAAGAGCAGGAGAGACUAGAAACAGAACAGAGAGAGAGGGAAGAGGCAGAAUACUUUGAGCGGAAAGCACAACUGGAUCGACAGGCUGAGCUUCAAAGAGAGCGAGAGAGAGCUAUUGAGGAAAAGCAGAGAAUGGAUGCAGGUCGUCGCGUUACUACAGAAGAGACAGGCUGGAGACGAGGUCCAGCACGAGACGACGUGAAAGAUGAACCAGCUGCAGCACCCUCAGUAGCACCGACAUUAGCAACGGCACCACCACCACCAGCACGUGAAUCUGAAAGAGAAGGUGGUGAGCGUUCUGGCGUUUGGAAGGCUGGAGGAGGUGGGUGGAGAGAGAAGGAGCGUGAGAAAUUGGAUGUGUGGCGACGCAAAGAGGAAGAGGCAGAACAAGAUGCAGAUCCAGUACCAGUACCAGUACCAGUACCGGAACCAAGAGACCGUGGGAACCGCGAUAUUAGACAAGAUGAGCCACCACCCCCACCAAGGGAUAGAGGAAAUCGGGAUAUCAGAAGGGAUGAACCUCCUAAAGAUUUCCGUCGAGAGCGUGAGGAUAGGCCUGCUUUCGGCAGAGAUAGAGAAGAACGUGGUGGCUUGGGCAGGGAAAGAGAGGAACGUGGUUUUGGAAGGGACAGAGAGGAGCGAUUUGGCAGUGACCGUGGUGGAUUUAACAGAGAACGAGAAGAUCGGUUUGGCAGUAGAGAUGAACGAGGCGGUUUUGGAAGCAGAGAUGAUAGGGACGGUGGCAGUGACUGGCGCCGUGGACCAGCCCGUUCUGAACGAGGAGAUUUUGGUCGUGAACGUGGAGGUGGUGACCGUGACUUUGGGGGUCGUGGAGACCGGGACUUUGGGGGUCGUGGUGACCGUGACUUUGGCAGUCGUGGAGACCGGGACUUUGGCAGUCGUGGAGACCGGGACUUUGGCAGUCGCGGAGACCGGGACUUUGGCGGUCGUGGAGACCGGGACUUUGGUGGUCGUCGGGAAAUGGGUCGAGAUGACAGGGACCGUGGCUUUGGUGGCCGACGUAUGGAUCCUGACGAUCGUCGAGGUGGUGACCGUGCUCCAACCCGUGCAGAUGAAGGAGGUUCUUGGCGUUCUGCAGCCCCUCCACCACCUAGAGAGCGGCCACGAAUUGAAGAACGUGAAAGGCGUGUCCCAGACGAGAGGCGAUCAGUUGCUGUUGAAGAGAAACGCCCAAGUGCCUGGCGUUCUCGUGAAGAACGUAAGGAAGACGUCCCAGAGGAAAAACCAAGGGUACCUCGUGAAGAUGCAGAUGAUGAUGGCUGGACUACUGUUAGACGUUGAGAGAAGCUUCUGAUAUAGUUUCAUAUCUGCAGAAAUAUUCUUGCUCUCAACAUGGAGAUAGUUUUAUAUUAACAGUGGAAGAAAUGUUGAAUUUAAUCAUUUCUUAAUUAAUAAUGGGGGUAAUUAUUGUUCAGUAUAAGGCCUUUCUUGGUGCUGCCGUAAACUUUGUGGCUGUUCUUCUGUGAAGGAUCUAAAUGAUUACUACUGUAAUGAAAGUCCAGAACUGAUUUGGUACCAAGUUAAAGGUUUUUUUUUUUCUAUAAUUUGUGUUAGAUAAUUUUUCUUCUAUGAAUUUAUGUAUGUGCAUACAUAUACUAGUAUAUCCAAAUGUGUGUCUCAAACACAAACACACACACACACACACACACACGCAUGCAUACAUAUAUAUGUAUAUGUACUGUAUAUAUAAUAAACUCAGACUACUGUGGCAAAUAUAAAAUAAAAUGCCAGAGCAUAGCUCAGGACACCUUUAGUCAACAUUUUAUUUGAGUCACCAACUUUCUCAAAUGGUUCCAUUAAUGGAAAUGACAUGUUACACAGAGUACUGUGUACUAAUAGGUGCAUGGUUACAUGCUAAUUCAGUGCUUCCCUAAAGCCUUGGCAAUUUUUCAAAAAUGGCAGAUCAAUUAUUCUGCUUUUAGCUGUCAAGAUUGGUUCCCAGCAUUUGCACCUUAUUUACGUUUUUCGUGUAUCAAUAUAAAAAAAUUGCACGUUCACCUCAAAACAACCUCCACCUUCCCAACAUUACAGUUCGUACCUCUUCUAUAGUUACCGGUACAUCACCUGUUGAGUGCUCUUACACUCGCUCUGUACUGUGAAUACCAAGGUCGGCGUUCAAUCCCCGACCGUCAAAAGUAGUUGGGCACUGUUCCUUCCCCCGCCUCCCAUCCCAAAUCCUCAUCCUGGCCCAUUUCCAGUGCUAUAUAGUCUUAAUGGCUUGGCACUUUCCUCUGAUGGUUCCCUCCCUUUCCUCUUAUUGCAGUCUAUUAUCCUCAAGAGUAAUUUCCCCGCCUACAUUUAUUGUCUCGUAUAAUUUUCCCCCUUUACUAUCUGUAACAUUACCAUUCAUCAGUGUACCUGCUACACUUUUCUUAUUUUCACUUUGUGAGGGUCUUGUUGAAUUUUUUGUCCAUCUUGUUUGCUGGUUUUUGUUUAAUCUUCACAUAUCUUUGUGUAAGGGGGGUUCAGGUAACUAUUGGAGUAGCAAAAAUGAGAGUAAUAGUGUCCCAAGCUGUGUGAUACAAGGUCUUUUAUUAUUAUUAUAUAAUAUAUAUAUAUAUAAUCACACACACACACACACUGUACAUUCAUACACACAUAGUACUAUCUAAUAUUGAUAAAAUCAUAAAUGUUAGCCAUAAAAUUUAUAUAGAUUUUUGGAUGCCUCAUUUUUUCGUUCUCAAGGUUUAUUAUAAUUAAUAUUGUUUCCUUUGCAGUAACAUGUCCUUUUUGUUAUACUCUUUGUCAUACCUAUUCUGGUAUUGCAUAUUUUGGCUUGACAAUGUGAAAUAUUAUUGUAGUCAUCGAUAUAUUAUCAAUAAAAGGUAGUGGUCUA